UUAUGGUCACGUGAUAUUUUUUAUCAAAAAAAGUAAAAUAUGAAAAAUAGUGCUUAUUUUGCCGAAUUUAUCACUUUGGUAAAACCUUGAAUACUGCUAACAAAGCGCUAACAUUCAGAUGAAUGAAGAGUCUAUUGCGAAUGUUUGCCCUCUGAAAGUGAAACGGGCCGUCAUCUGAAAAUCGAAGCAAAACAAAAUGACUACAGCCAUCCAGUGAUUCCCGUUCAGAUUUGGACCUAUUAUUUACCAAAAAGUUGACAAGGUACCAAAUUACUCUUAAUUAUUAUCAUUUUUGAGUCAUUGUAUCAGUAACAUUAUAAUGGAUCCGACAACAGAUGUUGAAAAGGUAUCUGACUCAGCAGUUGAUCAUGUUAACUCAGAUACAGAUGAGGAUGGUGUUUCUGAUGAUUCCAAAGCAGAAUCUGAAGUGUCCGAAGCCACGAUAGAUUUAGAUGAUGAUGAUGACCAAGUAGAAUCUGAAACAACAAUAGAUUUAGAUGAUGAAGACAAAGUUGAAGCCGAAGCCACUAGAGAUGUAGAUGGUCAUGAUCACAUAGAUAGUACUAAAAUUGCUGAAACUAAUGCUAACCCUGGCAAAAGUAGAACUGGAAAAAAUGGUAAUUCCAGCAAUCAGGCCCGAAAUUGGUUUUGUAUGCGAUGCCAAAUUCAACUCAAAGAUCUUGAUCAUCUUAAGGCUCAUAUGGCCAGUCAUGAUGACCGCAAUGGUACCUUGGAUAUCAUAAGCUGUGAACAGUGUGGAAAACGAUUUGACUAUCGAUAUAAAUUGAAGCGACAUAUGGAAAGUCAUAUGAACAUUGUUCGUGAGAAAAAAUUCAGUUGUGAAUAUUGUGGAAAUUGUUACUCACGAGAAGCAGGGUUGAGACGUCACAGACUCGCUGAACAUGAACCUGACCAGAAAUUGUUCAAGUGCAAGACUUGCGGGAAGUCAUUUGGUGAAAAGAGACCCCUUGUAGAACACGAAAAUAUUCAUACUGGAAUUAAAUCCUUUAUUUGUGACCAAUGUGGUAGAGGAUUUAUCAACAAAUCAUAUUUGGCUAAACAUGAAAAGAGCCACAAUACAGCAGCGAAAAAGGCUUGUCACAUCUGUGGUAAACUAUUUGUGCAAAAUAGAUAUCUCAAAGUCCAUUUGCUGACUCAUACAGGACAAAAAUUAGUUAAAUGUGAACUAUGUUCAAAAUCAUUCACAACUAUGGAAUACCUGAAAAAGCAUAGAGCUAGACAUUUGAAGCCUGCUGUAAAAUCAUUCAAAUGUAACUAUUGUAUCAGUGCAUACACUGAAGAGAGAAAUCUAAGAAGGCACAUGAUGAAACAGCAUUUUAUGACCAUUCCAAAGCAAUAUUAAA